UGAAGACAGAACGAUAUGCAUUUCCAGGCAUAGGUUGCACUUUAUUGGACAGGAAAUUGGGAUUUUCCUGUUGAAAAAGCAGUGGGCCAGAUUCAAAGCCAUCAUGCCCAGAGGCAGUGACUCAGAUGGCUGGACCAUCCAAGGCCACCACCUUUGUCCUUUUGGUCUGUUGUUAAUAUUUGUCUCUCUCUGGGUUCUUUCUGUCUCCCGGUCUAAUUCUCUCCUCACGACCCUCUGACCCAUUGAACAAUGUGACCAGAAAGCAAACACCUAAAUACAUUUCACCAAACAACUAAGUCUUUAAAACAAGGAUAGAGAGAGAGAGAAAGUUGAGAAGUGAAGCAAGAAUAGGAGAGUGAAAAAGGAAUACAGGAAAACCACUGAGUGUGUGUAUUUGCUGAGGCAGAAGUGAUCAGUUCCUCACCAUGCCAGCAGUGAGUCUCUGCCUGUUCCUCUUGCCCCUCCACGCCACCGCGUCAAUCCUCUCAGGGUGGGUGGAGUCUCCAGGUUAUCCCCGUGGUUACCCACCUGAUUCCAGUCUGAACUGGAGCAGAUGUGCCCCUCCAGGCCAUGUCGUGGCCCUCACUCUGACACACCUGGACGUGGAGGACAGUGACGGCUGCGAGCAUGAUGCCCUAGAGAUCUUCGCAGAUGGAAACCAGAUAGAUGUUCUGUGUGGUGAAAAGUCAUUCAAGGACCUUGAUUCCAUGGUGAAUCCCAUGCUCCUCUCCUCUGCGAAAGGGUGUCUUUCUCUGUCAUUCCACUCUGACUACUCCAACACCAAGAGACACACUGGAUUCAGGGGGUUUUAUACUCUGCAAGACUUUGAUGAGUGCGAGGAGGACCCAGACAACGGCUGUACCCAGUUCUGCCACAACUACAUUGGAGGCUACCAAUGCUCCUGUCGCCCUGGUUACUACCUGGACACUGACGAACACACGUGCACAGUGAGUUGCACCGAGGACCUGUCAGGCUCACUGCGUGGCGUGGUUUCCAGCCCGUCCUGGCCCCACCCGUACGCCGAGCACGCCCGCUGCUCAUACACCCUGUCGGUAGAGGACCACCUGCAGCUCCUCCUGCACUUCACCGGGGAUUUUGACGUGGAGCAGAGGGCGGACGGGCGCUGCGUGGACGCGCUCACGGUUGAGACUUCCGCUGGGACUCUAGGGCCGUUCUGUGGCAGCGUGGCCCCCCCAUCCCCUCUCCACACCAAGGCCCACCACGCCCGUGUUGUCUUCUCCGCCGACGGACAGGGGUCCAACAAAGGAUUCACCCUCCGCUACAGUGUCACACCAAAGACGUGCCCAGGAAUUGUGACCUCCAAAUCUACCAUGACUCCACAGCAAACUGAAUAUCACCAUGGUGACACAGUCACAGUGACAUGUGACCCAGGAAGUGUUCUGGACACAGGCGACGAUGCGUAUAAGUCGUCAUGCCAACGGACAGGUGAAUGGAGUCCUGUACAGCACUGUGAACCUGUCAACUGUGGACAACCAGACAUUUCUGAUGAAGUCCUUAAACUGGUGGAUAAAAAUCCAAACACUCUGUUUCUUGAUGAGAUCCAGUUCGAGUGUGAAUCCAAAUACUACAAAUUGGAGUGGGAUGAGAAGUACAUCUGCGAGGCCAGCGGCAAGUGGACAUCUGUCAAUGGCCAACAAAGUUUUCCCAAGUGCAUUGAAGUGUGUGGGAUUCCAGAAGAAGCUCCUUCUAGCAGUGGAAGAAUUAUGGGGGGCAGAGCAGCAAAACUGGAAGAGAUACCCUGGCAGCUUUUGACAAAAUAUCCCAGAAGAGGAGGGGCAUCACUGAUCAAUGACCGGUGGGCUCUCACAGCAGCUCAUGUAGUGGAUGGGUACGAGGAAAGCCCUAUUACAUUUUUUGGAGGACUGAUAGAUGCACUGAAAGGAAAAGAAGAUGAGAAAGAUACAGUUGUUAUGAAGACAAAGAAGAUCAUCAUUCACCCUAACUAUGUGAAGGGCAUCCUUGGUAAUGAACGCACUAACUAUGACAACGACAUAGCUCUCAUCAGAAUGUCUUCCAGGGUGAAGUUGGGGCCCACAGUUCUCCCUGUAUGUCUGCCUGAUGUAGAUGGAGGGCUGAAAGAGCAACAAGUAGGGGGCGUUUCAGGGUGGGGGGCAAAAGAGACUAAAGAUAAGACCAAAAUAAAUGAAAAAAGCCAAUUUUUGCGUUACACAGAAGUGACAAGAUUGGAGCAAAAAAAGUGUGAAGACACACCUUCUUUGCCCAACAACAAACGUAUGGUUUUCACUGAAAACAUGCUCUGUGCAGGGUCUGAUGGGAAAGAUAGCUGCAGGGGGGAUAGUGGCGGCCCAUUGUUUUACCCUAGACUAAGUUCAGGGAACCAAAAGAACAGAGCACAUCGUCUGGUAGGCAUUGUGUCCUGGGGUUCCCCUUGUGAAGUGGGAAAUGACUCUACAAAGGGUUACUACACCAAAGUGGAGAAGUACUUAGACUGGAUCAUGGAGACGAUGAAGCGAGAAGAUCAGGGGGAAGAGCAGGGGGGAAAGUAAAACAUGUAAGUUAACUGUUAACCUCCUUAUCACAGAUGUAUGCUUAUGAUAUCCAGUACAUCAACCAAUCAAUCUGCUUUUUAUUAUUCAAGAGGAGAUUACAUCAAACAAUGUUACUAGUAAAGUCAAUACACAGACAAGACCAUCCACUCUGAAUAAAAUCUAAAAUCUUUGGCAAAUAACAAAUAUUCCUUCACAGUUUAACCCCCGAAUGGAAAAACCCAAAUAAAAAGAUGAUUG